AUGGAGCCUGUGUCAAUCCCUGAACUGGUUGGUGGACUUGUUGAUUGUGUAGCCCAGUUAAUAAGAAUAGCUGAAGAGCUUUUACAACUGAUUUCACAAGAACAAAUUCCAUGUAGAGAGCAAAAUGAUAGAGCAGAACAGAUGGAAGCAGAUGCAUCUUCUCCUGAAGAAGGUUCACUCCCAGACCUUUCUGAUUUCUCAGACUUAGAGUCAAUACUUACACCAAGAGAAGAUGGAGACUUAAUCUUUGACAUAGAUCAAGCGAUGUUAGACAUAGAAGACUUAUAUGAAGAUGUACUCUCUGGCAUAAACGAGGACUUAAGAAGUGGUUAG